AUGGCCUUCUUGAGAAGUGAAGAAAAGAAAUCAAAGAAAUGUGCUGUUCACCACAUCUGCCCCCCUCCCCUGCUGCCCCUCUGCAAGGAGGACCUGAACCCAGGGAUGGAGAAUUUUAGACUUGGAAAGGUGAGGGACUCCAUGCUGUGUAAUCCUCUCAUCCUUAAGCCGGAGCUAGGGAGGUGCUCCAGAAUUUGCAGUGUUUUACCUGGAUCCGAUUUCGUGUAUGGCCUCUAUCUCCCCAAGGUGGAUGGAGGGGUUCCUGAAGCAAUAACACACUGGCACGUUCACUCCCGGAAACCCACUGUGCCGAAACUGAUGCCUCUUGAUUUUGUUGCCAUGAAUGCUAAGGCUGCCCAGGCAGGUCUGGUCACUGCUCCAGAGCAAUACAGAUACCGAAGGUACAAGGAAAUUAGAAAAAAAGAGGUGGAGAAGUUCAGCAUUCAUCAUCCUCCCAUACAGAUGCCCGAGGGAUACACUUUUGGCAUCUCCUCUCAGUCCACCUUUCCCCUCGUUGAGCUUCUGCAGCACAAGUUCAUAAACGAGUGGGUGGAACAACAAAGACAGGCGGAUCUGAAGCGGCACCGGGAAAAAGCCAAGAAGCUCCAAGUGCAUCAGGUGUACAAUACGCGUACCACUCUGCUCAGGGAUUACAAACCCUCCAUCCCUCCAGCCCCUCCCCAACCCUUGCCUCGCUUUGCGAAGUUAAAAGAAAUGAUCACUGAACAACAACAACAAAGAAAAUCCAGGACAAUGGAAUUUGAAAGAAAAUAA